AUGAAAUCAAAACUUUCUAAGCGAAAAUUGGGAUUGACACGAGAAAACUGGAAGCCUAAACCAUCCCCGUUACAGCCCACCACAACAAUGAUGGACAACGGUAAGGCAGUGGCAGAAACUAUGACUAUUUCUAUGGAGCAACAAGAGAAAGAUCAUGCUCAAGAAGAUGAGCCAACUUUGCCAGAAAUUCUUCUAACUUCAUCUUCUGCUACUACCUGGUGUGAAAAGGUUCCAGAUAAAGCCCAAUGUCUCAUUUCUUCUGCAACUCAAUAGGAUUCUUUGCGGCAAGAUCACCAAGUUACUAAGAUCACUGUCAGUGGGAAUAGCUCUCCCCAGUAGCAUGGCAUAUCUAUUUCACAUAACAAAUUUGAAAAUCUUAACG